AUGGCUUUCCGCAUUUUCCAAAUGCCACGCCCCAAGAGCUUCUUGUAUAUCAUGAGCUUACAGACGGGCGCCUCCCUGAUCACGCUGUCCCUGCUCCUCAACAAAAUCAGUGGCUUGUAUGGCCUCCUCGCUCUAUUGACCGGAUACCACCUCUCGCCCGUCCAGCUGUCUAUGUACAUUUACUCGCUUGCUGCGCUUGGUCUCGCUGUGCUUCUAUUUCCUCACAUCCGAAAGCAAACUCCUCUACACUGCCUGGGUCUGGCUUGGGUUUAUUUCUUUGAUACUGCCAUCAACACCGCAUAUACGGCAGCAUUUGGCGCAACAUGGUUCCUCGUCGUUUCUCAGCAUUAUCACAAUGCCCCAACUUCGGGUGCGGGAUCGACUAUUGACGACAUCUCCGGCUUCACCAACCCAACAUACAAUGUUUCCUCGGUGCAUGUUGCCGGCAAUGUCCUAUCCCCCGAACAAGAUGCGGGUAUAACGGCCGAUCCUUCCAGCGCUCCGGCUGGCAGCGUCGCAGAUGGAGCCGGAACUCCCAGCUUGGGAGACGGCAUGCAACAACCAGAGAGCUUUGAGAGUAUGAUCAUGAUCUCCGUUUUGUUGAUCAUUCGUGUCUACUUUACGUUGGUCAUGUUCGCUUUCGCCAGGCAGGCCCUGCGUCAAAAACUGCUGAAUGCGUCCCAGCCUCGCUACAACCAGCUCCCGACUCACAGUAGAGCAACUUCGGUCGCCACCGUGGCUAGCGCUGCUGAUAUCGACCGGGAACCAUUCCUCCCGCAUACCCCUGAAGGCCAAGGAUGGCAUGGAACAGCAGGCCGUGCUAUGACCAGCGUAUUCCGCAAUUAUUGGUUGGGAACAGACCCGUCUGACGAAGAAGACGCCGCUUGGAUGAGCGGCUUUGGCCAAGGUGCUCAAACCAACAACCGCGACAAUCUCUCCUCGGGAAUAUCAGAGCGAGAACGCCGCCGCCGGUCCGGAACCGGCCCUCCAAAGCCCUCGCAGUCUGUUCUCCAGGCUGCAUCAUUGAUGCAACCUGUUUAUGGCGAGCACGGAAGCGCCGGUGUCAACCUCCAAGAAUUUCACGAACCCAGAUAA